AUGUCUGACGUCGAAGCAGCCCUUCCCAGCGGCGUCGGCUAUGGCGUUGUCGUGGGUGUGGGAGCGUUCUUCACGCUCUUGAUGAUUGGCUUGGCACUCAUCCAGAAUAGAUACACAAGCUACGACACCAGGACCAGCGAAGAGUUCAACACCGCCAGCCGAAGCGUCAAGCCAGGCCUUAUCGCUGCUGGUAUUGUGUCCGCAUGGACCUGGGCUGCUACCUUACUACAGUCUUCGACCGUAGCCUACACGUAUGGCGUGGCUGGUCCAUUCUGGUACGCUGCUGGUGCUACUGUCCAGAUCUUGAUGUUUUCCAUUCUGGCUUGUAAGACCAAGAUGAAUGCUCCUCGCGCCCACACCUUCCUGGAAAUCAUACUAUAUCGCUAUGGCAAGCUCGCUCACUGCGUGUUUCUGUUCUUCGCACUUGUCACCAAUAUUCUAGUCGGCUCACAGCUGCUGCUUGGUGGCUCAGCCGUGUUGACAGCGCUCACUGGCAUGAACGUCUAUGCUGCCAUCUUCCUGAUCCCGCUCGGCGUGGUGUUGUACGUCAUUGCCGGCGGACUACGAGCCACUUUCCUCUGCGACUAUAGCCACACCAUCAUCCUCAUGAUCAUUAUCCUCUAUUUCAUGUUCAAGAUAUAUGCAGAGGGCGAUCUGAUAGGCUCACCUUCUCGGAUGUACGAUUUGCUUGAGCGAGCGGCAGAGCUGAGACCUGUGGAUGGCAACAAGGAUGGAUCUUAUCUGACUAUCAAGUCGAAUUCAGCACUGAUCUUUGGUGUUAUCCAAUUGUGCUCUGGGUGUGGCACUGUCUUCCUCGACCAAGCGUACUGGCAGCGUGCUAUUGCAUCGCGACCCUCGACAGCUGUCCGAGCAUAUAUCCUGGGAGGCCUGGCUUGGUUCGCCAUUCCAUUUGGCUUCGCGACAACCCUCGGUCUCGCGGCUGUUGCCUUGACUGACAACCCCUCGUUCCCAACAUAUCCUGAAGUACCAACACGAAGUCAGAUCUCCUCAGGCCUGGCAUCAGCCUUCUCCGCGUCCGCCGUACUUGGCAGUGGUGGCGCUGCAGCCUUACUGAUCACUCUCUUCAUGGCAGUCACGUCCUGCGCCAGCGCUGAGCUCAUCGCAGUCAGCUCUGUGCUCACAUUCGAUGUCUUCAAGACCUACAUCAAACCCAACGCCAGCCCGAAGACUCUCAUUUUCGUAUCACACGUCAACGUUGCUAUCUUCGGCUUAGUCAUGGCAAUCUUCGCCAUCAUCUGGCAACACGCCGGCAUCGACCUAGGUUGGCUGUUCCUAUUCAUGGGUCUCGCCAUCGGCGGUGCCGUCUUCCCAGUCGCAUUCAGCAUCACUUGGAAGAAGCAGACUCGCAUCGCCGCCAUCUCCGGCGCCCUUUCCGGGCUUGCGGCAGGUGUGAUGUCCUGGCUCGUAACAGCACAGUGCUACUACGGCGAGCUGACCCUCGAGACCACAAAUUCCGAGUACUCAACACUCGCUGGGAACUUGUCCGCCGUCUGUGUUGGCGGCAUCGUGUCCGUCAUUGUCACGUACAUCAAACCAGACGACUUUGACUGGGAAAUCACCCGUGCGAUCAAUGCCGAGAGCGCGGUGGUGGUCGACGCUCCAGAGAAUACAACCACCAUGUCGCCCAAAGCCGCUUCUCAACCUCCAGCCGAAACGACAGCUUCCGACUCCGAACCCGAGAAGGCCAUCCCAGCCUCGCCAUCACCCUCCGAAACGCCCACGCCCGACAUCGAGACCCCAACCGCCACCCGCACGCUCUCCAAAGACUCCCUUCUCGAAGAGUCCCCCAACCAGCUCCGCCGCGCGCUCAAGACCGCCAUCAUCGCGUCGAUCGUUAUUCCUUUCAUCAUGGACUUUUUGGUCCCGAUCCCGAUGUUUUUGUCGCACUAUAUCUUCUCCAAGGGGUUCUUUACGGCUUGGGUGGUGAUUAGCUUUAUUUGGGUGUUUACUAGUGCGGCUAUUACGUGUAUACUUCCCAUAUGGGAGACGAAAGGGUUCAUCAAGGAGGUGUUCGGGAGGAUUGUCAGAAACGAGCGGUACUCGAAGUGA